GCCGCGGUGUGAUUCACGGAGUUCACGUGCCGGCCGCCGCGAGUAGAUCUACCAUGGCUCAGCCGGGGACUCUAAACCUCAAUAACGAGGUUGUGAAGAUGAGAAAAGAAGUGAAGAGAAUCCGAGUGUUGGUUAUCCGAAAACUUGUCAGGAGUGUUGGCAGACUGAAGUCAAAAAAAGGUACUGAAGAUGCACUGUUAAAAAACCAAAGACGAGCACAACGAUUGCUUGAAGAAAUUCAUGCUAUGAAGGAAUUGAAACCUGAUAUAGUAACUAAAUCUGCUCUUGGUGAUGAUAUCAACUUUGAAAAAGUCUGCAAAAAGCCUGAUUCUACUGCAACUGAAAGAGCAGUUGCCAGACUAGCUAUGCAUCCUCUUCUGAAGAAAAAAAUAGAUGUGCUAAAAGCUGCUGUCAAAGCCUUUAAAGAUGCAAGACAAAAUGUUGUUGAAGUUAAAUCAUCAGAGAAUGCUUCAGAAGAAAAUCAUUCCAAGGACACUUUGUGUUCAAAUGAUGAUGCCAGUAAGUUACAGCAUGAAGGAACUAUUAUCAGUGAACAGAAAGAAAAAGAAGCCAAAAUAUUGGCAAAGAAACCAGUAAAUUCAAAAGAAAAAAGAACCAAGAUGGAACAUGGACCCAAUGCGAUAGACAUUCCAAAUACUCCAUCAAAGCCUUCUGAAAGGGCUGGUAUAGUUCCUUCUGAUCCCCGGAAGACACCUGCUGACCCAAAAGUGAAAACCUUAAGUAAAACAAAAAAAGGAAAGGAGUCCAAUAGCUUACUUGGUGGAAACAGUGAUGGAGAAGAAUUACAAGAAGAAGAAAAAGAGUAUUUUGAUGAUAGCACAGAAGAAAGGUUUUACAAACAAUCUUCCAUGUCUGAGGAUAGUGACAGUGGUGAUGACUUCUUCAUUGGGAAAGUCAGGCGGACGCGAAAGAAGGAAAGUAAUUGCCAUUUUUCAGUUAAGGAACAAACCCCCCAAAAAAAGUUGUUACUGGAGGAAGAUAAACAUGAAACUCAUCAGAGUAUAAGAAAUGACAUAACCAAGCCAAGUGUGGAAUUAAGGAAGUUUGAGUCUGUAUUUUUCCAUUCUUUAUCUGGAUCUAAAGGCUCUAGAAGAAAUUCCAGAGAACAGGCUCCAAAAAGCAAAACCCCAGGUUUUCAGCAAAAUGAACCUCAACUCAAGAAUCUGUUUAAUAGGAGCGCGCAAAGAGGAUUUGAAAGUUCAAAACAGCAAUCACAGCUGCCUCUUCAUCCUUCAUGGGAAGCAAGCAGGAGGAGAAAAGAACAGCAAUCUAAAAUUGCUGUGUUUCAGGGGAAAAAAAUUACAUUUGAUGAUUGAUUAGUACCUCUGUGAACCAGCCCAUUAUUAAAGUUCUGUUUAUAUAAGCCUACCAUACAUCAUGUACAUACUUAAAUUGAUUUUUAAUAAUAUACUCACAUUAUUCCCUCUGAAAGAAUUUCAAGAUUAUAGCUAUCUCAGACUUUUUCAUUUGUGCUUAUUCAUGAAGAGUAUUUUGCAGGUUUAGCUCUGUGUCUUGCCUUGAAAAUAAAUUUUGAGAAGAUAUAUUUAAAAUAAUAAUGGAAAAUAUGAGGAAAUUGUAGUUAUUUAAAAGAGAUCACCUUUCCUAAAAGUUGUCCUUAGCAAAACUAAGAUAGUAACUUUUAUUAUGGGUAUAAAGAUAAUAAAUUAUACAAAUAUUUUUAUUAUACUUGUAAUUAUUUGUGAUCUACUUUUUGACUGUUUUAAAAUAGUUUCUAGGGCAGUUUUUGAUUUCUGAAUCUCAGUUUUUUAGGCAGCAUAUGUGUUUAAAUGUAGUAACACAACCAAAAAUUUGUUUUAUAUCUCACUGCAUAGAAAUAUUUGCUUAAAUCAAGAAUGUAUAUAAUAUGUAGUUGCUUGACCAUGAACUUUAAUGUAAACAUAUUUUGUGGAAUCAUGGAUUAGAAUUCAUAAGGACAAACUCUAAAGGAGGUAUGAUUAAAGAAGCAUUUCCAGAUAACUAAGUGUAAUGAUGAAGUGACUCACUGAGGAAGAAACUACUCUAUGGAGUACUGUUAUUUCAAAGGAAAAUGGAAUUUUAGAAAUCCUUUCAAAUGUUUCACUUCUGCUUCUCUGGAAGAAAUUAAAGGUUCUUGGUUAACUAAAUAAAGAUAACUAAAUUCCUUGUUACUGUUAAUAGGGAAAGCCCCCUGCUUAGCAGGAAUUGAUAAGCUCUGGAGAGUCAUUUCUAUAAUUUUUUUAAGCUCUAUUAAGAGCUUAAGAAUUUAGGUAACUAAAGCAAUGGAAUUCAAGAGAUUGUACAGAAAAAAUUGUUUUCUCUGUGCUGAAUGCAAAAUUUGUUUUUUUCUAUUUGUUUAAAUUUUUAUAUUGACAUGUCAAUUAUGCAAAAUUGAAAUUAAUUUCAGUUGAAAUUUUAAUUAUGAAAAUUUUGCAGGAAAAAUGAAAGAAAUAGGUCUCCAAGGCUACCCAGAUUUAGCCAUACUGAAAGGCUGAGAGCUGUCCUCCAGACUACUAAGUCUGGCCAAGACUUCUUAGCCUACCACAAGGAGUUAGGGUCCAGCUACAGAGUUAGAGGAAAGAGCCCACACAAGACCAUACUUACCUCUGACAACAAUUGCAGGUUGUGGGGGGGUUAAUGGGAGGGGGGUUCCCCAACCAUCCUCAGGUUCAAAUAUUUGCUAGAAAAACUCCCAGAACUUACUGAAGCCUGUUUAUACACACAUACACACACACACACACUGAAACCUACUGAAAGUUAUUUUUUAUUACAGGGUAAAGGCACAAAUUAGAAACUGUCAAAGGAAGAGAUACAUAGAACCAUAUCUGUGAGGAUUCUAACAAAGCUAGGUUGUCCCUAGGAUGUAUUACCAUCCUGGCAUCAAUGUGCAUAGAGUAUUGCCCAUCUAAGAAGCUCACUGAAGCUUUGGUGUGCAGAUUCUUUGUUGUGGCUGCAGUACAUAAGUGUCAUCAGUUGAUUGCCUCAGUAAUUGUUCCAGAUGACUGAUACCACAUGACCCCAAAUCCCCAUCCUGGGUUACAUGGUUGUCUAUUUUAGUGUAGCUAGCUGCUGCCCUAAACAAAUGUACUUCUAUAGAUAUUACAUAGAUUGCCUCCAAGAAGCUAAAGGCAAAGGCAGUUCUCUUUGGGCAAAGCCACGUUGUUUACCAUACAAUAUCCUUCACCCUGGUUUCCCAAAUAAUAACAUUUUACCACAUUUGCUUUAUCCUCAGCCCUCAUCCUCUUACCCCUCCUCCUCAUCUUCCUCUUCCUCAUCUCUUUUUUCCCUUCUCUCUUUGCUGUUGUUUUUAUUGUAACAUUCCAUAUGUCUUCUUAUCAUGUUCAGAUUUUUCUUACUUCCUUGAACAUACAGAAUAUUAGUAGCUGUUUUAAAGCUUUUGUCUGCAAUGAUUCACCAUGUGGGGCAGUUUUACCCUUAGGGAACAUUUGGCACUGUCUGCAGAUAUUUUGUGUCACAUCUAGUGGAUAUAGGCCAGGGAUGCUACUAAACAUUCUGCAUUAUAUACAACAAAGAAUUAUCAAGCCCAAAAUGUCAGCAGUGCUAAUAUUGAGAAAGCUUGGCCUACAGCUCAUUUGGCUCCAGAGGCAUUAACAUUCUAAGCACCCUGCUUAAUACUUUCUCUACUAGCAAAACUUUGUUAUAUCUGGUGAGGUGAGAACACAAACUAUACCUGGCCCAGUGUAAGUUGCUUCACAAACUCCUUUCUAGUGAAAUUUUCCCUGGCCUUGGUAUAUUCUUCAUACACAUUGCCCAGUCUUAUGCCAUAGACUUGAGGGGAUCCUUCCAAAGAUCUCCAGAGUACUUCUUUCUGUUCAUCUCAUACUCUCUUGUAUUUUUCCUCACAAAUUCUAGUCACAGUAGCUUAUGUAAACCCUAAACUAUGUCUUUUCAGGAAGGCCACUGAGUUACCUGGGAUUCCUUCCCCACGUAGUAUAGUUUGGAAACUUCAUGCAAUGAGCUAAAGCACUCAACUGGUUUUCACUCUCUCAGGUAUCACUAUUGCCGUAUUUCUUUUUGCCCAUUGUCUGAAAAACCUGUCUGAAAAUAUGUUUUAUUUUAUCCAGUGUUCAAGUUACUUAAUGUAGAAUAGCAAAUCUGAUUCCCGUGACUACAGAAGUAGGAAUCCAUUAUUUUGAUGCUCAAAUUGUCCUUAAUUUGGCUAAUGGGAGCCUACUCAGGCUGUCUUGUGUCUUUUUGCCAUCUCCCAGUGAGAAAGAUGGUUCCCAUUAUCCACAGUAUACUCAUUUCCUCAAUCGAGGAACUUAGUUUCACGGUUGCUAACUGAUACCUCUGCAAAAAUACAAGUCUACUAGCCAAAAUUCAGUAUAUGUUUAGAGUUCUUUUUUGUUUGGCUUAAGGGUAUAUGGUCUCAAAACUAAGACCUAGGAUGAUGUCUGCAAAAAUGGUGGAGUAAAGAUACACAGAAAUUAUUUUCCCCAUAAAAAGUAAGAAAACUAUUAUCUGAAUCAACCACAGAUUUAUUGCAAUCCAAGGAAUAUUUUUCAAGAAAAAAGUGGAUAAAUCUUGAUAGGAACAGUAAUGUUUGUGAUAUUUUAACUUCUGGUAUUUGCAUCUUUCACUCCUCAGAUCCAUGAUAGUUUUGAAAACCAACAGCCCACAAUUACAGUGAAAACCAGCAGCCUGGCAGCCACUGGAAGAAACAACAGGGUUGGAGCUUCUUUAACAAUACAUUCACUGAGAAUUGUUAUUUGACCAGUGUGGUAGUUCCCUGGAAGACCCUACUUGGAAGUCUGUCUUGACUAAGAACUUGCUCAGUGUGAAAGCCUUUUUCCUGAUACACUUUUCAAAAACAAUCAGAGGUAAUUGUUUAACAUCACAUUUGUACGAGGCAGUGAUUAACAGGUGAGGAAAACAAAUUUGUCAAAAAGCUUAAAAGGAAAUCUGGAGAAUUCAGUAUCUUUAGGGACUUUGAUAAAUUCUCAUAUAUUUCUUGAAAUCAAUCAAGUCAUGUGCAUGUAUAGUGCUGUGUGUAUGUUCAGGAAAGAGCUGAGAAAGCCCUAAGCUCUCACUUGUAGCUGACCUAGAGGUUUUGCUCAAGCAGGAAAUGAAGGCUCAGGUGGAAUUGUCAAUUUCUUGACUAAGUGUUGAAGGUGUGCCCCAGCACAGACACACACAAAAUCUCUUAGCAAAGUAGAGAAGUAUUAAUUCCAGGCAUUUAAGGAAAUAUCUGUCUAGUUAUUAGUAUACCACUAAACUAAUGAAGCAGAAACUUUAAUGGCCACACACAACAAAGAAUAUAGAUUUCACAAGUUCAAAAAAGUCCACUAAACAAGAAAAGUCCUAGGGAGAUGGGAAUAUCUGAUUUUUAGAUUUGUACCCUUAUAUUACCUAAAAUGACCAGUUUUCAAUAAAACACUAUAAAGCAUAUACAGAAAUAAAGUAUGCCCUAUAUGCAGAGGGGAGAAAAGCAAACUACCCAAAGAGGUCUAGACUUUGGAUUUUUUCAACAAAGACAUUAAAUAAGCUAUUUUGAGAAUAUAUGCAAAGAAUGAAAGGAAACCGUGUUUAAAGAAUAAAAGAACUGCCUCACCAUUUAGAGAAUAUCAAUAAUGAGAUAGAAAUUAUAAAGAAGGGACAUAAAUUUAGGAAUAGAAAAGUACAAUAACUGAUAUGAGCAAUUCAGCAUAAGUUGUCAACAGCAGAGUGGAGCAGUCAGAAGAAAGAUUUGGUGAAACUAAAAAUAGAUCAGUUGAGAUUAUCCAGUCUUAGGAACAGGGAAAAGAAAACAUGAAUGACAACGAACAGAUCUCCAGAGACUUGGAAGAUACCAUCAAGUGUACCAGCAUAGGCAUAAUGAAAGUCUCAUAUGACCUGCAUUUUUACUAAUAGCUGUAGACCCUAAAAGAAUUAAAAACCUAUACCAAAAGAAACUUGACCAUGAAUGUUCAUAGUAGCAUUAUUCAUAAUAGCCAAACAUAACAAACAAACCAUAUAUCUAUCAAUUGGUGACUGGACAAGCAAUAAUGAUAUAUACAUGCAAUGGAAUAUUAUUCAGCCAAAAAAGGAAUGAAGUAUUGAUAUGUAGUAUGACAAGAACGAACUUAGAAAAGAUUAGGUUAAUAAAGAAGCCAAAUACAAAAUAUGAUUUCACUUAUAUGAAAUCUCCAGAAUAGGUAAAUCCAUAGAGACCGAUUAGUAAAUCAGUGAUUGCUAAGUAUGAGGGAAGGGAGGAAGAGUGACUGCUAAUGAUAUGGAUGGCAUUCUUUUUUGGAUUGAUGAAUGUGUUCUGGAAUUGGAUGGUAAUGUUGGUGAACAAACAAAAAUCCACUAAAUUAUGUACUUUAAAAGGGUGAAUAUUAUGGUAUGUGAAUUAUAUAUCAAUUUUUAGAGUAAUAAAAAGUGAC